AUGACUCUUGAAGAUGAAAAAGGUAGAGGACGGGCAUGCAGUCUUAACAAUGAACAAUUUGUUGGACGAAACCCACGUAAAAGUGUCAGAGAAAUGUCUCAGGCACUUAGUGUCGGUGUUGCAACGGUCUCACGUAGCCUGCAGAAGAUUGGUACGGUGAAAAAGCUUGAUAAAUUGGUACCGCAUGAGCUCAACGAAAACCAAAAAGUUCGGCAUCUUGAAGUGUGCUCGAUGUUCUAUCUGCGAAACACCAAUGAUCCUUUUCUUGACCGAAUAGUCACUUGUGAUGAAAAGUGGACCCUUUAUGAUAGCUGUAAACGAUAG